UUUAUAAUACAUAAACUUUAAUUUUUCCUGUAAAAGAUAUCAACUGUUCUUUUCAUUUGUGUUACAACCCAAUAAUUAUUAAAUAUUUGAAACUUUAGUAUUUAGAAAAAAUACAUAAAACUAAUAGAUAGAUAUUUUAUUUUAUUUUGAAACAAAAAGCUAGAAAUGGAGAGUGAGAGAAAGGUCCAAAGGCACGGCUAAGAAAACAAAACCGUGGACACCCUGUCCUCAAUUUGACAAGUCUUUGUCUCCUCCUUAACUCUCUUCUUCUCUCUCUUUGUCUUAUUCUAGUUUGGUCUCAACUCCCAAAAACGAUGACGUUUCAUUCCUAUAUAGUCGUCCUCUCUUCUUCUUCUCCUCCUCUUAUCUCUACUCAACACCACUCAAUUUCAUCUCUCUUUUUCCCUUCCAUUGUUAGUAUAAAAACCAAGCAAACCCUUAAUCACUUUUCAUCAUCAUAUAUCACCUUAAUCCACAUGCAUACACAUAUCUAGUCUUUUUGAUAUAUGGCAAUUGUAUCCUCCACAACAAGCAUCAUUCCCAUGAGUAACCAAGUCAACAAUAACGAAAAAGGUAUAGAAGACAAUGAUCAUAGAGGCGGCCAAGAGAGUCAUGUCCAAAAUGAAGAUGAAGCUGAUGAUCAUGAUCAUGACAUGGUCAUGCCCGGAUUUAGAUUCCAUCCUACCGAAGAAGAACUCAUAGAGUUUUACCUUCGCCGAAAAGUUGAAGGCAAACGCUUUAAUGUAGAACUCAUCACUUUCCUCGAUCUUUAUCGCUAUGAUCCUUGGGAACUUCCUGCUAUGGCGGCGAUAGGAGAGAAAGAGUGGUACUUCUAUGUGCCAAGAGAUCGGAAAUAUAGAAAUGGAGAUAGACCGAACCGAGUAACGACUUCAGGAUAUUGGAAAGCCACCGGAGCUGAUAGGAUGAUCAGAUCGGAGACUUCUCGGCCUAUCGGAUUAAAGAAAACCCUAGUUUUCUACUCUGGUAAAGCCCCUAAAGGCACUCGUACUAGUUGGAUCAUGAACGAGUAUCGUCUUCCGCACCAUGAAACCGAGAAGUACCAAAAGGCUGAAAUAUCAUUGUGCCGAGUGUACAAAAGGCCAGGAGUAGAAGAUCAUCCAUCGGUACCACGUUCUCUCUCCACAAGACAUCAUAACCAUAACUCAUCGACAUCAUCCCGUUUAGCCUUAAGACAACAACAACACCAUUCAUCCUCCUCUAAUCAUUCCGACAACAACCUUAACAACAACAACAACAUCAACAAUCUCGAGAAGCUCUCCACCGAAUAUUCCGGCGACGGCAGCACAACAACAACGACCACAAACAGUAACUCUGACGUUACCAUUGCUCUAGCCAAUCAAAACAUAUAUCGUCCAAUGCCUUACGACACAAGCAACAACACAUUGAUAGUCUCUACGAGAAAUCAUCAAGACGAUGAUGAAACUGCCAUUGUUGACGAUCUUCAAAGACUAGUUAACUACCAAAUAUCAGAUGGAGGUAACAUCAAUCACCAAUACUUUCAAAUUGCUCAACAGUUUCAUCAUACUCAACAACAAAAUGCUAACGCAAACGCAUUACAAUUGGUGGCUGCGGCGACUACAGCGACAACGCUAAUGCCUCAAACUCAAGCGGCGUUAGCUAUGAACAUGAUUCCUGCAGGAACGAUUCCAAACAAUGCUUUGUGGGAUAUGUGGAAUCCAAUAGUACCAGAUGGAAACAGAGAUCACUAUACUAAUAUUCCUUUUAAGUAAUUUAAUUAGAUCAUGAUUAUUAUCCAUGACAAUAAUUAUUAAUGCUGCUUUGCCAUAUUUUCAUACUCCUUAUAUAUUGUUAUGGCGAUAGACAAUGAUUGAUUACUGCGAGUUUAUGUAAUGGAACUGAUUCUCAACAUAUAUAGUCAAUUAAGUAGUUUUUUUUUUCUU